AACAUACAUUUAUGAUUAAGCAACUGUCCAGCGCCACAUUCUAUGUGGAAAACUGUUUAGGUAAACAUGUUAAAAUAGCUGAAUUAUUUUAGCAAGUCCACUAUCGAUAGCGUCUCAAAAGUUAAAGGUCGAAUCCAAAUGGCGACACGUAUUCUUUCGAGGUUGUGCAACAAGGUUCGUUUACAGUUGACGUAUACCCCAGUUUCUUGUUUGUAUUCCAAAGAAUCUGCAUUAUCACGGAACGCAUCUUGUUCCAGACUUAUAAGAGAAGCACUCAGUGAUUUCGAAGACACAGAAUUUCAACCCUUACGAAUAAGAGGAUAUGCAUUAGGUAGAAAUUUUUCCAGGGCUAAUGUUGAUACUAUACAGUAUCUGGAAGAUAAAUCCGGAAAAGUUCUUGAUAUAAUGGAAGCACAGGAAGUCAUGAAAACAGGUGAAGGGGUUUUCACUAAACGAGUAUCAUUCAAGUCAAUGUUUGAGGAUGGUUUCCGUUCUCUUGAACUAAACAUCGAAGGAAAGAAAUGUCCAGAUCCAAGUCUUCAGUUCGUUACGGACGCUUUUAUAUUAGGAUUCUUAGAAGAGAAAGAUUUCCAUGAGGAUUGUUUGAGAUGCAUGCAUAGAAUACCUGAAAAAAGAGAUAGACCUAUAAAAAAUGAUGAAUCAUAUAUUUGCACAUUAUUAGCAAAUCAUCUGUUCUCCAGGCUAACUAUUCGGUUCUCUGGACAUCAUUAUUUUUUAACAAAUGACUAUCACAAUAAGUUCGAUGUUUGUCCUUGUAUGAAAUGUGGUCAGCAGAUCAGAUAUCGGAAUACUGGAAUUGGGAGUGAAUAUUUAUGGUAUGGAAGACCAGACAUCAUGUUGUUCACUAUGGCAGGAGGUGGCUGUAAUAUUAUAUAUCCAGAAGACUGCAGUGCAGAUGACAGAGAGUUUGAUGUAGACCAAGCAGAAAAUCAGAUAAUUGAAAUUGAUUUGAAAUCAUCAACAUUACGAAAAAAGGAAAACAUUGAGCAAGUUGUUGCACAGACAAUUACUUAUUCAAUGUACCAGAGGGUACGUCAGAGAGAAAAAGGCAAAACACUUCCUCAAGCUUUUUUAAUUCCUACUAUUGUUGCAAGUUCUGACUACUUUGAUAUUUAUAUGUAUGAUACACAGAAUGACAUCCUGUUAAGAAAUAAAGGAGAUCCUAUUCCUAUUUGGAAUAAGAAUAAAUUUAGUGCAGAGGGUGAAACAUUAAAUUUAUCAAACAUUUUAAAAAUUUGGAUGACAUUGAAUCAUUUUACCUUAAAGCCUAAACUUUUAGUAGAUGAGAUUAAAAGUUUAAAAGGAACAUGUGAUUUUUUAGGUCGUAUUGCUCCAAAACGCUUACAUUUGAUUGAAAAAACAAUUUCUAUGCAAAAAAAAUUUCUCCCAUUAAAGGAGAUGGAAUUGGAAUUGGAUGUUCCUAGUGUUCCAUUAAAACAAAAGUCUCUACCCAGUACAUGCAGUAAUGAUGAAGAAAAAUGACAAAUCUACAUUUAUGGUAUAAUUGCUUACAUGUAUGGCGUUCAUUAUUACUGAACUAGUAAAUAUUAUGUUUAGGGGGCAGCUGAAGGACGCCUCCGGGUGUGGGAAUUUCUCGCUACAUUGAAGACCUGUUGGUGACCUUCUGCUGUUGUUUUUUUCUAUGGUCAGGUUGUUGUCUCUUUGACACAUUCCCCAUUUCCAUUCUCAAUUUUAUUUCAUUUGAACUCUGGUGGAUAGUUGUCUAACAUGUUUAACACCACCACAUUA